AUGGGGGAAAGUCCCCCACCGUGGGGCAAAACUCCACAUCCCUUAAAUCCAAACCGAAGGCAACUACCCCAAUGGAUGGACCCUAAAGGAGAUCACGGAGAGAUGCAAUUUCUCCAGGUCAAACCUGUAGCUCCUGCCAAACUACCGAUCUACCCCUUCAUCAUUGCCAAAACCGUCGAACAGGAAGCCGGAAUCAUCCAUGGCGGAAACCCUACCGACAAUGGAAGCACAUAUUUGCUCAAGGUUCGCUCACCUCGGCAGGUGGAAAUACUGCUGAAGGUUAAACAGUUAAUUGAUUCUACCCCCGUUACCAUCACGUACCACCCAACACUUAACACCUGUAAGUGUGUAGUAACGUGCAAAGAAGUAGAAGGUGCAACAAACGAACAACUGGCAAGCGAUCUCGAGAGUCAAGGAGUCACCAGUGUUUACCGAUUCCUUAGAAAAGAAAACGAAAAAGAUAUUCCCACCCACACAAUGGUUUUGACUGUCCGCGGUACGGUGGUCCCCCGGUACAUCCGCUUUGGAUUUCUCCAAAUUUCCACCCGCCCGUAUUACUCUCGUCCGAUGCUCUGCGUACAAUGUGGGAAAUUUGGCCACACGCAAAAAAACUGCAAGUUUGACCCCAUUUGUAUCAAUUGCGGAGACAAAGAGGUUCACUCCAACUGUAAAAAAGAGCCACACUGCGUAAACUGCCGGAAUAACCACCCCACGAACAGCCGAACCUGCUCAUUCUUCAAGGAGGAACAAGAAAUAAUUAAACUAAAAACUGACACCGGAAUCUCCCAUAAAGAAGCAGUUAAGGAACUUCGUAGCCGCCUGAUUCGAUCCAGUAGUAUUCAACAACGCCUAAACCCAGAACGCAACCCUACGAACCAAGAGACCGAAAUUAUACAACUCCGGAAGCAAGUAGCCAUCCUAACUGCACAACUAGCCAUGUUCACUCGCAGACCACAAGACAACCCGACCAAUGACGAAAACGAAUCCGAAAGUGACGGCAGCAUGACAACUUCCUGCUCAACCGCCAGCCACCAAACCACCCCCAAACGCAUUCGAAAUGGCUCUUCCGAAGGAAUGCAAACCAGCAGUGAAUCCAGUUCUGGAACCACAACCCAACAGAAAUUGAACCGCACAAAGAAAAAACGGCAACGGAAUCCCGAAAACCAGAUCAACACUGAAAAUCAACCGACGUCCUCCAACCCAGGUAAAGACAACCGGCAGCUGUCCAAUCACCCCUCUUCCUCACGGCGGUAA